AUGCUACACAAGCUUGCUGAGGUCAAGUACCCCGGAACGGUGGAUGAGAAGUUGAGCUCCGAGGUGGGAACGUAUGCCUGGAUACAGCAUCAAUGUCCUGAUAUCCGCAUCCCACACUUAUACGGCUUCGGCUUCUCUGAUCAUCGUCAUUUCGUCCAUGAGGAACAAAGACCUUUCUACAUCCGUGUGUGGCGCAUGUUUCAACGCCGUCUCCGUGAUCUUCUUCGAUGCCACACUCUCUCGCCCUACACGGCCCACCCAACAAGCCAACGACUUUCUGCUGCAUACAUGAUACUUGAAUAUAUUAGUCCUGAUAUGGGUCAGAUUCUCUCUAGCACCUGGGAUAAGCACCAGAAUGACCCAUCCCGCAGGCAGAAGUUCUUUCGAGGCAUGGCCCGCCUGAUGCUUUCGUUGGCAAACAUCCCUCAGUCUCGAAUCGGAUCAUUCCAGUUCCAUGCUAACGGAACGAUAACGUUGACAAACCGACCACUGCCUUGCUCUGUUGUUAUUCUGGAAAACGAGGGUGCGCCGAGAACGAUACAGAGGAACGAAACGUACACCUGUACUGAGCCGUUCGUUGCAGACAUGCUUACAUUUCAUGAGAACAGCUUCCUUAGCAAUCCAAACGCAGCCUAUGACGAGGGUGACUGCCGUGGUCAAAUGGCAGGCAAGGCAUUACUUUGGAUGCUAUCACAUCACUACGUCGAGCGGAAACGUCGCAACGGGCCCUUCUAUUUCCAGUUUACUGACCUCCAUGCAAGCAAUAUCUUCGUUGACGAACAGUGGAACAUUACUUGUUUAAUAGAUCUCGAGUGGGUCUGCGCUUUGCCCGCAGAGAUGCUUGCUGUACCUUAUUGGCUUACGGGACAUGGUAUCGAUGAGAUAGUAGGCGAUAACCUGAAUGAAUUUGAUGUGAUUCGACAGGAAUUCAUGAGAAUAUUUGAGGCAGAAGAGGUUAACAUGGCCUCGAAGCAACAUCCGCCUGUGCUGGCGAGUAUUAUGCAUGAAGGCUGGGAGUCUAAUGGGGUAUGGUUUUGGCGUUGUCUUACAUCUACAAAUGUUAUGAUUUCUCUUGUGGAAAACCAUCUCUGUCCUAGAUUUUCUCGCCUGUCCUCUGAGGCCGAAGAGAUUAUCUCUCAGUAUUUGUGUCCAGAUUCUGCUAAGGUCGUUGAGAGAAAAGUCGCUGACUACAAAGGCUAG